UGAAUGAGUUAAAUGGUGAAUGCCAGUCCACAAGGAGCUCAACCAGUCCAGUCCAAAUGGUGGAAUCAUAAAGAAAGGCAUGCAGAGCUCCCAUUUGCUUAAAGAAAGGGGAAAAGGAAGAGCCAGCCAAGGCAGUGGCUUACUUAUUGCCUCUCCACCCUCUUCUCUCCUGCAGCAAGAGGAACCCCAUCCUUUUUUGGCCACUGAGAUCCUUAGUGCUUGAGAGUUUGCAUCUAAACAGUGUGUGGAGGAUCAGCCUUUUUGUUCCGAAUGUGUAAUGUGGAAGCUAAAUCUGUCCAGAUCUCUCCUUUGCCAAUGAUGUCAUGGACACCUGCCCAGUUCCUGUUGUCUUGUGGCACUUCAUAUAAGCCAAGUACCACCGCUUCUGCCACUCACUGAAUGCUGCAUUCAGGAAGCCAACUCUUAUUCUUUACCAGACCCAACAUGAAGAACAAGAGAUAAGUCCUUCCCCAGCUGAUGACACACAGAGGCUUUUAACUCAUACAUCCUCCACUAAGCCCUCAUCAAUCUCUGAUACAGAGUCUCUCUCCAGUGUUGAGGCGAAGAGAGGCCCCAAGGAUGGGAGAACCAAGCAAGGACAGGAUAGGAAAGGUACCAAAGCAUCAAAAGAGCUACUUUGAUGUGUUGGGCCUCUGCUGCUCGUCUGAAGUCCCCCUGAUUGAGAAGAUAUUGAAGCCUUUGAGUGGAGUUCAGAAGGUCUCGGUGAUCGUUCCCUCAAAGACGGUCAUAGUAGUCCAUGACAGCCUCCUCAUUUCGCAGCAUGAGAUACUCAAGGCAUUAAACCAGGCAAGGCUUGAAGCUACAGUUCGAGCAUAUGGCUCUGCGGAAAUCACCAAGAAAUGGCCCAGCCCCUACAUACUGGCUUGUGGAGUGCUACUUGUGGUUUCACUGUUCAAGCGGUUCUUCCAUCCGCUCAGAUGGUUUGCGAUAGCAGCAGUUCUUGUCGGCAUAAAUCCGAUCAUUCUGAGAGGCAUUGCAGCCAUUCGGAGGCUUACGCUGGACAUCAACAUCCUUCUGCUAAUUGCAGUUGGUGGGGCAGUUGCACUCAGAGACUAUUCAGAAGCAGCCUUUGUUGUUUUCCUCUUCACGAUUGCUGAAUGGUUGGAAUCAAGGGCCAGCCACAAGGCUACUGCCGGGAUGUCAUCACUGAUGAGCAUGGCUCCUCAGAAGGCUGUUCUGGCUGAAACAGGCCAAGUUGUGGACAUUGAAGAUGUCGAAAUCAAUACCAUCAUUGAAGUCAAAGCUGGAGAAGUGAUCCCUAUUGAUGGCAUUGUAGUCGAUGGGCAGAGUGAAGUUGAUGAGAGAAGCCUUACAGGAGAGUCUUUGCCUGUAACCAAGCAAGUUAACUCUCUGGUUUGGGCUGGCACACUCAACAUAGAUGGUUAUAUCAGUCUCAGAACAACUGCUCUAUCAGAGAACUCUGCUGUGGCCAAAAUGAAAAGGUUGGUGGAAGAAGCACAAAAUAGAAGGUCAAACACACAGAGAUUGAUAGACUCUUGCACAAAGUAUUACACACCAGCUGUCGUAAUCGUAGCAGCAGGAGUCGCGUUAGUUCCUUUGGUAAUGAGAGUAAACAAUCCCAGAAUCUGGUUCCAGUUGGCAUUGGUCCUUCUUGUGAGUGCAUGCCCUUGUGCACUGGUGCUGUCCACACCUGUUGCAACUUUUUGUGCACUUCUAAAAGCAGCAAGGAUAGGACUCCUCAUCAAAGGGGGUGAUGUUCUUGAAGCCCUGGCCAAAAUAAGAGUAGUGGCAUUCGACAAGACCGGGACGAUAACGAAAGGAGAGUUUAAAGUUGUGGAGUUCCAGUCCAAAAGCAGCAAGGUUUCUCUGGAGAUGCUUCUUUACUGGGUUUCAAGUAUCGAGAGUAAGUCGAGCCAUCCAAUGGCAGCUGCACUUGUUGAACAUGCCCGGUCACAUUCCAUUGAACCAAAACCAGACUGUGUUAAAGAAUUCCACAUCUAUCCUGGAGAGGGAAUAUACGGAGAAGUAGAUGGAAGAGACAUUCAUAUUGGGAAUAAACGAAUAGCAGCAAGGGUUUUGUGUGAAACAGUUCCAAACAUGGAGGACAUGAAGGAAGGUGUCACCUAUGGAUAUGUGUUCUUGGAUAUGGUACCAGUUGGAACAUAUGCCCUUUCCGAUACCUGCCGAAUAGGAGCUGCAGAAGCUAUCAAGGAGUUGAAGUCAUUAGGGAUCAAAACAGCAAUGCUUACUGGAGAUAGCAUGGAAGCAUCACUGCAUGCACAAAGACAGCUAAAUCAUGUCAUGGAAGAAGUCCAUGCCGAGCUACUACCAGAAGAUAAAGUGCAGUUAAUUGGCAAGCUCAAGUCCAGAGAAGGAUCUGCAGCAAUGGUUGGAGAUGGGAUGAAUGACGCACCUGCAUUAGCCAUGGCCGAUGUCGGGAUCUCCAUGGGGGUUUCAGGUUCUGCCGUUGCAAUGGAGACUAGCCACAUAACCCUCAUGUCGAACGACAUCUGCAAGAUCCCUAGAGCCAUCCGGCUGGCAAGAAAGACGCGUCGGAUGAUCAUCAUGAACAUCAUCUUCUCAGGGGUGACCAAAAUUGCCAUUCUGGCAAUUGCCUUCGCCGGUCACCCACUUCUUUGGGCAGCUGUCCUUGCUGACGUAGGUACAUGCUUGCUCGUAAUCUUAAAUAGCAUGACGCUGCUGCAAACCAAAACAUCUCCGAAGAAGAAAUGUUGUGGCUCGUCCCACAAAGCACACAUGGAGAAGCCCAAACAUGCAGAGCACUGCGGAUGCCAGGAUAACCAUGGUUGCCAUGAUCACAGGAAGGCCAUGGAUGAAAGAAGGCACAGCCAUUGCAUGAAUCAUGAUCAUCCGGAAGAAUCACCAGCUCAUGCUCGCUGUUGCCAAGAGCUGGCCACAAAGCCAACUAAUUCAUCCCAAGAACACUCGAUCACAAUAACUGAUGCAAGGCAUGACAGUGGUGACCUGCAGAAACAGCAAGAUGGUCCUGAUAGCAACAUGACAUGUGAGAAUCAAACAUUGAAGUGUUCAUCCAACAAUUGUAAUGACAAAGAGAAGAAAAGGAUUGAGGAAUGUUGCAUGGGCAACAGAAAUGACUGUGGGAUGCAGAAAGGCUGCUCCUCUUCACAAGGGUUGAUAAUAGAAAGGAGAGAACUUGGUGGAUGCUGCAGGACCUACACAAAGGCAUGUGGGAGUAAAGAUAGCUGCUGUGCGAGUGGGAGAGUACAAUUGCCUGAAAUCAUAACAGAGUAGAAGAAGAAAAGCACUUAUUAGGCCAGUAAAAAGAUCAGAAAAAAUAAAAGACAAAGGAGAGGAUGAGGAGAUCUGAUUUUGUGGGUUUCUUCUUCAUGUGAGAUCUACUAGACUGGCCAUGAACCCUAGCCAUCUUGUUCAAGAAUAGGAGCAUGAUAACAUGCUUAUUUUUUUUUGACAACAGACUCUAAGAUCAUUUCUACUGAGGCAUAGGAAAUGCUGGAAAGCUUGAUUGAAAGAUUGGAAGAGCUGAUAAUGGAACUGAACUGAAAGAUCAUUAGCCAAGAAUACAACCAAUGAAUACUGCAGAUCUGAGUGGAGUUGAGAAUGGAACCGAACAUUGUUUGUGAAGAAUUGUAGCAUUGAUACUCACCUUCAAAUGGAUGAUCAACUCUGGAAUA